CGCUCAUCACUGGAAUCCCACUCUCCGUCGACGCGCCCGACGACCACUGCCCUCGUCUCCGACCUUGACGGCCACCUCCCACACCGCUGGAUCCCAGACAACGCACCACACCAAGUCGAUUUGCAGGGACAGUCUCCCGAGGCCGUGCGAAUCUACACUCAUCUCCAUCCGAGGGACACAAUAGCCGACGGGUCGAGCGGUGGAGCUCUCUGUUCAGUUCUCUCGUCUGUCGCUUCUCGCUGCUCCGCGCACCCUGUGCGUCAGUCGUCUUCAGACUCCAGCCAGCUUCUGGGCCGCUCCCUGCUCCUCGAACUGAGGUCUCAGCGCAGACUUUGACGACAACGACCAUGUCCUCUUCCUCGUUCUCCUCUUCCUCUCCCUCCUCCUCCUCCUCACGCUUUCGCUCCUCCCUUCCCCUCGGACGCGUCCUGCCCACCGCGGUCGUCCUGGCGGAGCUCGCGUCGCUCGCUGCGGCGUACUCGUUCAACAUCGUCAGCACCCCGCGCCAGUGCGAGAACCUCACGGUGCAGAUCACCGGGGACGGCGGCCAGCCCCCGUACAGCCUGCUCAUCAUCCCCGUCGGCCCGUCCCCUCUCCCAAACGCGACCGAGGUGCGCAAGAUCACGAACGUCGCGUUCGGCUCGGGCUCGUCGGCGUCCGCCGACUUCCAGCUCGCUUUCCCGGAGAACUCGCAGUUUGUCGCUGUUGUCAGCGACAACGCAGGAUUCGGAACUGGCGGAACUAGCGCAGCCGUCACCGUCUUGUCGGGCAAUGACGGUUGUUUCAACCCCACACAACAAGUCUCCCCGCAGUGGUUCCUGCACACAACGCCCGACGGUAUACUCAACAGCUGUGUACAAACGCGCAUAUGGUGGAACCCGGGUGACCCUCAGGGCACGCCAAAUUUCCAGGGUGUCAUUCCUGGAGGCGAUUCAUUUUCGAUACCUGUCGGCCCCACAUCAACAGAAAUCGGAUCCGGCGUCGGUUUCAACUGGACAGCGGACGUGCGGGAAGGCACGACGCUCUUGUUAGUCGGCGGCGAUGACCGCGGGCUGGGGGUCGCGGGCAGCAACGUCUUCACCGUCCAGCGGGGCAGCUCGUCGUGCCUGAACGACACCUCCCCCUCCUCGACACCCGGGUCUCCUGCGGGCGGUAGCUAUCCGACGAGCACGGACGGCUCGGGGACACGGAGCGGUAGCGGGAGCUCCGGCUCUUCAACAAACGUCGGCGCGAUCGUCGGCGGUGUCGUCGGUGGCGUCGUCGGUGCGCUCGCGCUCGCGCUCCUCCUCGUCUUCGUCAUCCGCCGGCGGCGCUUCCACCAGAGCGGCGGCACGAAAGAGCGCCCGGUGGACCUCCUGCAGGACAACGACCACGACGGCCCGGACGCGGGCGACGGCCGGCUGCCCGAGUACUACCAGCCGGAGCCGUUCGUGCUCCCGGACCCAACCGUCGCGUCGUCGCAACACGACCUCGUCUCCGGGGCCGGGGCCGGCACGCGGCCGGGCACAGGCACGGGCUACAGGGACGGGGACGGGGCGAGGCGGGAGUCGUUCCUGUCGACGAGCACGUCGGACAACGCGGGGCUGCGGGCGGGCGGGCGCUCGAGCGCGCCGUCGACGAGCGCGCGCAAGAGCCCGGUGCCGCCGAGCUUCAGGCCGGUGAACAUCAUCCAGCACGACGAUGCGGGCCCGCCGGAGGAGGCGGAGGAGGAGCAGGAGCCGGAGACGAUCGAGCUGCCGCCGGCGUACACGAACAUCAAGCCGAGAGAGGUGCCCAAGGGCGGGGAUGCGGCGGAGGGCUCGGGCUCGGAUGCGGGCGCGAGCGCGGCGGUGCAGGCGGCGGCUUGAGCUGGGGUGUUGGUGUAUUAGAGUGUCUGUGUCAGCGGGACGUUGCUCGGAUUGGCUCGCCCAAGCAGCUCUUCUUCCCUCUCACUAACCUUGGCUAGGAACGGCCUUCUGGACCGUCAGCUAUAUCUCAACCCCGCCCCCCUGUUCUCUCUCCCUCUACGCAAGGUAAACGCUUAUCUCACGAUCUGCCCAUGUGUAUGUCCCCUGUCUUCCUGUCUCCUUCGUUUUCACCCUCCUUUCAACGUCGUGUUCUCCGCGUUCCCUUACCCUUCCCUUUCCCUUUCCCUUGCCCUUCACCUUAUCCCCUCAUUGAUUGUCAACUUCUCUAUUGGCUGUCGCUCAACAUCUACACCUGGACAUUUCUCGCAUCAAGGCCCCUUGACCGCACACAUGCCAGUCUCGCGGAAGGAUAUAUCUUAAGGUCUUGGUCAACCGGUUGUCUCGUCAUAACGUGAUACCUUGCAUUCCCCGCGACCUUGCACCCGCAUUUUGCCCCUGCGUACCUCCCCACCCGUAUAUUGUCUUAUGUUUUCGGGCCGCGCAUGACUCAUUCGAGUCAAGUAUCUUAUGUACCUAUCUAAUACCCUCUUGAAAGUUGACCUGUUCGUCGCUUUGGAAUGUGUAACUGGUACAUUCUCACACGUCUGAAUGCGCUCUACCGUGCUUUGCCACUAGCUGGAGUAUUUUGCUGUGAGCGGGUUGCUCUGCUAGGCUGAGC